CUCAUGCCUUCCUGUUAGUCUGAGCUGGGAGAAGUUCACUCGGAUCAGCUGAUCCCCACUGACAACAGGAGAGGAGGAAGCACGGGAGGCAGCGAAGGAGGAGGGGGUCGGAGAUGGAGAUGAGGAUGGAUCCGCCGGUACCUUGAGGAACAGUUUCCGUCUCCACCGGCGCCCCGUGGUCCCCCGACUCUGCCUAGCUGCGGCCGAGCUGCUCCGUGGUAUCCUCUGAAAUCCAGACUUGAAGUUGGAUUAAAUUGAAAAGCUCCUGACCACUCUCUUUCAUUACGAAAACCUGGUUGAGGCCCAACUGAUGCACCCACCUCAGUGAACCCAUCAGCUUUCUCUCAGAUAGCCAUAAAAGACCCUUUCAAGUUAAUUUUGACCAAUCGUUUGCCUGCACUUUAUGGGGGGCGAAACCAUCAAAUCAAAUCAAUGUUGCUGCUGAUACAGGAGUCUCACAGGCAGAAAAUUUAAAAAUUCAAGCACUUGUGAGUGUGCAAAGAAUUCUAAUAGGACACUGAAGAGGUUUUUGUUGUUUUUGUUUUGUUUUGUUUUGUUUUGUUUUGUUUGAGGUCUUCAGAACCUGUGGAAGUCUCUUCAGACUCCAAGGCUUUGUCUUCACUCCUGGGAAACACUUAGUGACUGUUAUAUGGUGGGUGAUUUCUUUACCAAUCUGAGUAUGAGUACACAGAUUCCCUCAUCAGAGAAGGGGCUGAAUCCAGGGCUGAUGUGUCAGGAAAGUUACGCUUGCGGCGGGACUGACGAGGCAGUCUUUGAGUGUGACGAGUGCUGCAGCCUGCAGUGUCUCCGCUGCGAGGAGGAGCUGCACCGGCAAGAGCGCCUGAGGAACCAUGAGCGGAUCAGACUCAAACCCGGCCACAUCCCUUACUGUGACCCCUGCAAGGGCCCCAAUGGGCAUUCCCCAGGUGUGAGGCAGAGAGCAGCUGUGAGGUGCCAGGCCUGUAAAAUCAACUUGUGCCUGGACUGCCAGAAGAGGACUCAUUCUGGGGGGAACAAAAGGAGACACCCCAUUACUAUGUACCAUGUUACUAAGGUCCGGGAGUGGCUGGAGGAAGGCGAGAUGGAUGAGGAGACUAAGAGGAGGAAGAUGACUGAGAAGGUUGUCAGUUUCCUCCUAGUAGAUGAAAAUGAAGAGAUUCAGGUAAAAAAUGAAGAGGACUUUAUUAAGAAUUUGGACUGCAAACCUGAUCAGCAUCUGAAGGUGGUUUCCAUUUUCGGAAAUACUGGUGAUGGAAAGUCUCAUACUCUCAAUCAUACUUUCUUUUAUGGCCGUGAAGUCUUCAAAACCUCCCCUGCCCAGGAGUCCUGCACUGUGGGAGUGUGGGCCGCCUACGACCCAGUCCACAAAGUAGCAGUGAUAGACACAGAAGGGCUACUGGGGGCUACGGUGAAUCUAAGCCAGAGAACACGGCUGCUGCUUAAGGUUCUGGCCAUCUCAGACCUCGUCAUCUAUCGAACUCAUGCAGACCGGCUGCACAAUGACCUCUUCAAGUUCCUUGGGGAUGCCUCAGAAGCUUAUCUCAAGCACUUCACCAAGGAGCUCAAGGCUACCACUGCCCGCUGUGGCCUGGAUGUCCCCUUGUCCACCCUGGGCCCUGCUGUUAUAAUUUUCCAUGAGACUGUGCACACUCAGCUGCUGGGCUCUGAUCAUCCCUCAGAGGUACCAGAGAAGCUCAUCCAGGACCGGUUCCGGAAACUGGGCCGCUUCCCUGAAGCCUUCAGUUCCAUUCACUACAAGGGAACGAGGACUUACAAUCCCCCCACAGACUUCUCUGGGCUCCGGCGUGCUUUGGAGCAGCAGCUAGAGAACAACACUACCCGUUCUCCCCGGCACCCGGGCGUCAUCUUCAAAGCCCUGAAGAUGAAGAAACUGAGGCACAGAAAGAUGAAGCAAUUGGUUACACACAGUUUACCAAGUGGCAGCAGGCAUAAACCCUGGCUGGUUUACUCUAGAGCUCCUUCUCAUGACCAGGAAGACUGUCCUGCCACUCAACAAGCACUGAGCGACCGCUUCAGUGGAGAGAUCCCCGAUGACCAGAUGGCACAGAGCUCCUUUUUUCCAGAUGAGUACUUCACCUGCUCCUCCUUGUGCCUCAGCUGUGGGGCUGGGUGUAAGAACAGCAUGAAUCAUGGGAAAGAAGGAGUCCCUCAUGAAGCCAAGAGCCGCUGUAGAUACUCCCACCAGUAUGACAACCGAGUUUAUACCUGCAAGGCCUGCUACGAGAGAGGCAAGGAGGUCAGCGUAGUGCCCAAGACAUCUGCUUCUACUGACUCCCCCUGGAUGGGUCUUGCAAAAUAUGCCUGGUCUGGGUAUGUGAUUGAAUGUCCGAACUGUGGCGUGGUCUAUCGGAGCCGGCAGUACUGGUUUGGAAACCAAGAUCCUGUGGAUACGGUGGUGCGGACAGAGAUUGUACAUGUGUGGCCUGGAGCCGAUGGAUUUCUGAAGGACAACAACAAUGCUGCCCAGCGCCUCCUGGAUGGGAUGAACUUCAUGGCUCAGUCGGUGUCAGAGCUCAGCCUUGGGCCCACCAAGGCGGUCACGUCCUGGCUGACAGAUCAGAUCGCCCCUGCCUACUGGAGGCCCAACUCGCAGAUCCUGAGCUGCAGCAAAUGUGCUACGUCCUUUAAAGAUAACGACACCAAGCAUCACUGCCGGGCCUGCGGGGAGGGCUUCUGUGACGGCUGCUCAUCUAAGACCCGGCCCGUGCCCGAGCGGGGCUGGGGCCCUGCACCCGUGCGGGUGUGUGACAACUGCUAUGAAGCCAGGAAUGUCCACUUAGAUGUUACUGAGGUGCAGGCAGACGACGAAGCUGGGACGCUGAUUGCUCGGAAGGUGGGCGAGGCCGUGCAGAACACUUUGGGAGCUGUGGUGACAGCCAUUGACAUACCACUAGGUGGGCCUGGCAGUGCUUCUCUUGGGUGUAGGGUCUGGUUAAGGAUGCAGCCAGGCCAGCGUACUGGGUGCCCGACCACGAGAUACUACACUGCCACAACUGCCGGAAGGAGUUCAGCAUCAAGCUUUCCAAGCACCACUGCCGGGCCUGCGGACAGGGCUUCUGUGACGAGUGCUCCCAUGACCGCCGGGCUGUCCCCUCUCGAGGCUGGGACCAUCCUGUCAGAGUCUGCUUUAACUGCAAUAAAAAGCCUGGUGACCUUUAACCCCAGCUCCCUCUCCGAGUCCUUCACAGUUCCUUAGGUUCUCAGGGUUAGAAAUAGAAGUCUCGAGGUAGGCCCUCCUCCCAGUCACCUAUUGUGGUGUAUGUCCUCUCUACUCAUCCUGGGCCACUUUCCCGUGGUGCGGGUGGGGCAGCUGGCAGCUGGCGUGAGCCUGGCUGCAGGCCUGAAGGUGUGAACCCCUCAGGGCAGGGGACUGAGCAGUUAUUAUAGCAAAGGGGAAUAAACCUGAAUCCAUUACAUUUAUUUCAGUUAAAAAUAAUACAUACAUAUAUAUGCACACACACAUACGUAUAUAUAUAUGAAAGGAAUGUGCAGUCUAUUCAGGCUGCUGCUGGCUGUGAAGACUUAACACAGUCUGUCCCUGGUACAGGGAUAUGGUGGCAGUGGCAGCAGGUCUUCCCCACAAAACCAAGCCAGGUCCAAAGCCACUGUGUUGCUAAUUACCUUUUGCUGCUUCUCUCUUGAGCUUUCAGAGCAUCUCCUUUCCUUGCCUUUUCCCAUGCCUCCCAGCUGCCUGGGGGAGUGAGCUUCCCAGUCACUUCCUGCUCGGGACAGUUUGAAGGGAAUCUGCUUGGGCUCUCUGAAGUUGGACGCCAACUCUGGGCCUACACCUGUUUCAGUCAGAGACCACUCAACUGAGCAUGCAGGUCACCAGAGUGAAUGGGACUGAGGGGUGGGGUCCUCGGCCCUGACAAGUCUGCACUAUUACUCUAAGUCAAAGUGCAGGUGACAAGAAGUCCCUGGCUCCUACCUAGGGGGUGUGCGGAAGGAAAUGGGCCUUCCCCAGCAGUGUUCCCUGCUUGUUGACGCUUCUGUGUACCCACUAUGCUUGCCCAAAGGCCAUGUCCCGCUCCUAAACAGAGCACCUGCUUCCUUCUCUCUCCAGCCCCCUCGAGCCCAUUAUCUGUUUCAGAGUGUUGCACUAGGAUUCUUACUGCUUAUUUUGAAGUGUCUUAAUUCUUUGUUCCCUGACACAUGGCCCCUCUAGCUAUUGGAGGGGUGAUCAUGAGAAAUCUUCCAGGGAAGCAGCACAGAAUGGACUGUUAGCUUUUCUUUUUUAAGCAUAUAUAAAUAUUUCAAUAGAUAAGAAAAAAUUCUAUCGCUCUGGUUCUUGGAAGAGAAGUCAAAUGAAGUACUGUUUCUCAUCAAGAGCUGGGAACGCCCGUAUCUGUCGUGACUGGAGAGAGACUGUUGUGCUGAAAUCUUGUCAUCCUGGUGGAUUUUAUCUUUGAUGGCCAAAAAUGAAGAAUUAGAAGUGACAUAGUUCUUGACUGAACUGUUCGGUGGGCUGAGCUUCAGGGAGGUACGUGGCAGUCAUUCCUGGCUGGUCAGUGUGACGUGAGCCCUGGAAUGCAUCGGUCCUCCUCAGAACUGCUCCCUCACUGUCUCCUGCGGCCCAGGGACUGAGGCCCCACCCUAGUACUGCAUAUGAUCAAAUUCGCCAUUAUAAAAGAAUCUUCCUGCUGAGUGUGGACUGCGCUCUUUCCUUUAACUCCAUCAGUACCCCUGCUCCCUCUUUCUGGUGAUGGGAAAGCAGCACUGAUUUUUAGAGGAGCAGCCAAGUGAAAGGGAUUAUUUCUAGGGUGAUAAUACUGUUCCUUUAAGUGCCUCAUUUUAUUACUCUAACGUGAAUUUGAAAAAGCAUAGCCAAAUACCAUAAAACCUCUAUCACUUAGGUUUUAACCUCCUGAUGCCUGGCUGUUUGCCCCAGGUGUUCGAUGGCAUGCCCCAGCUCUGUUGGCUACCUGGGACUAGCACCCGUGGACCACAUCCUUCAGGGUGUGACGACUGAUGGUCACAGAGCUCUUACUACUGGUGGGGGAGCUCCACAUGAGCUCAUUGCCCACGCGUUGUCCUGCUUCAGCUCCUCAGAAAUUUCCACAGUGGAGGCAAGACCAGACUUGCAGAUGGGGCGUUGGUCAGAGCGGGUGAGCCCCAGUAUGGGCUGUGCUUGGGUAGCCUGGCUCCACAGCAGGUAGCCACACGGGGUGGUGUGUGGCACAGGGGGAAUGAUUGCUUCCCAACUUGUGUUCUCAGGGUUUCACUCUGGUAGCUGUGGGAUCACAGUCCACAGGGAGUCCUUCCUCACAGAUGAGAUUAGGUGUUACCAGUGACCCGUGGCAACCCUGAGAAGUUGUUUUCUAUCUUUUCAUCCAUCAUUCCCCUCUUCCUUCCCUGCCCUGCCCUGUCUGUUCAGCUCCCGUGGCCAUCCUCCGCUGUCUCCUCACUCUCCUGUCCACUGACACUCUGGUCUGUCCCUUACCACCUUCCUUGCCCCAUCUGCUUUUCUCGACUUUCUCUUCCCUGCUCCUGUUCCUUUCAUCCUUACCUUCUCUACCUUUUGGGUGAGUGGGGAGGGCCUGUGGGGGAGGGAUGUGUGUGGUGGUGGCUCCCGCUAGACCUGGAUGUUUGGCUCAGCUGUGUGAGGGCACCCGAGCAUGUGCGUCCGCCAGACCACAGGGGAGUGAUGGAGAAAAUGCUGCUCAAUUUCCCUCCUUACACUAAUCAGACCAACACGGUAGAGGAAUGGAACCUGUGUCAAAGUAACAGACGAGGAGUUCUAUACCAAUCCCAGCCCCAACUAAAUAUGGACUGACAGUGACAACCAGGUAAAUACAGGGUAAAAACAAAGGCUUAAAAAAACUUAUUGAGCUAUCAUAUGUACACAAUUCAGCUUGAUUAAUUUUCUCAAACUGAACACAUAAUCACCUGCCCCCCAGCUGAGGAAACAGAACAUAAACUACCCCAGGAUCUCCUGGUCUCUUUUGCCAUGAGUUCCCAUUGUCCCAACAUCUAAUAGCAUAGGUCAGUCCUCCCGACUCCCUUCAGAGGGGUGCUACAUAAAGGCUUAAUAACUUUCUGCUUGAAAGACUUGCUUAUAGGUGGAGGAGAUGGUUGUCAAUCAUUGCUCUGAGAGCUAUGACUAAAGAUUGCAGCCUGUGGCUGAGAAUUUAGCAGUCUCCUAGG